CCCAGCGCCCGACGCCUCCUCAGCGCAGCCGCCGUUCCCAGCGCCCGCCACCCAGGCCGGGCUUCCACAAAACACCUGAGGACCGCAAAAACAGGGACGGGACGUCGGUGCUCGCGGUGCGUUCCUCCGCCUACUCCAGCCGAAACGACCCGGGAGAGGAGUCAGACGCGCCCUCACGAGUGCUGCAGGGCCGCCCGCGGGGUUGGCGGGAGGGCGCGAGCGCAGAGCUGCCGUCGAGUUUGCGCAGGCGCAGAGCUGCCCGCCCUCGGGCCCAGCGCGUGGAGGCUGGUCCCAGCCUUGCGUGGGCCUCGCGUGGGCCCGGCCUCGCCGCUGCGGUCGCCUGCCUGGCAUGGCCAACUGGGUGUUCUGUAAUCGCUGCUUCCAGCCGCCCCAGAGGACGUCUUGCUUCAGCCUCACCAACUGCGGGCACGUGUACUGCGAUGCCUGCCUCGGCAAAGGUAAAAAGAAUGAAUGCUUGAUUUGUAAAGCUCCUUGUCGUACAGUUUUACUUUCAAAACAUACUGACGCAGAUAUCCAGGCAUUCUUCAUGAGCAUAGGCAGUCUGUGUAAGAAGUACUCCAGGGAAACCUCCCAGGUUUCAGAAUUUCAAGAAAAACACAGGAAGAGAUUGUUAGCCUUCUAUACAGAAAAGAUUUCUAGGUUGGAAGAAUCCCUUAGGAAGUCGGUGCUGCAGAUAGAGCAGCUGCAAAGUAUGAGAUCAUCACAACAAACAGCUUUCAGCACAAUAAAAAGUUCAGUUUCAACAAAGCCAUACGGAUGCCUGCUGCCACCUCACUCAUCAACCCCCGACAGACUGGAGUCAAUGGAAGUUGAUCUCUCUCCUUCUCCGAUUAGAAAAUCGGAGAUAGCAGCCGGCCCUGCGAGAAUCUCCGUGAUUAGUCCACCUCAAGAUGGACGCAUGGCCCCCUGUUCCCAGAGUGUGUGUCGUUUGCAGAGGUUCACCGUGUUUCUGCAUAGACGUCCGUCCUCACUGGAUGCUCCUCCUAGCAUUCAGUUCUGGAAGGCACAGGGAACACACCAACUCUCUAAACGCUUCCAAUAUGUGCUGAGGUACAAAGGGCCACCUUGUUUCUCUCCCAGCUGAAGGCACCCUGGACACGCUCAGAACACUCACUGUGUCUGUUGUGUUUCCUCUUUGCCAGUCUGAAAGGAAAUAGUAAUUUUGAUUUGCAUUUAUGUGACUAUUAAUGAUUCUGAGUGUUUUAAAUUUAUUCCUCUGUGUUUUUUCUAUGAAUUAUCUGCUUUAUUCCUUUGUCGUUUAUGUGGACCCCUCGGUGUGCAGGAUAUUAACCUUUUAGUCAAUUUGCUUUGUAAUUUUAUAUUUGACCUUUAAAUUUGAGAGACUUAAUAUUUUUCUGUACUCAAAUCUAUUCAUAGAGUCUCAUGCUUGGGAGGUUUUUUCCACAUACCUAAAUCAUUUUAUUCUAAUUGGAUGGUUUUUUAAACUUCUUCUUAGAGCAGUUUUAGGUUCACAGAAAAAUUGAGAGGAAGGUACAGAUUUCCCAUAUAUCCCAUGACUCCACACAUGCACAGCUCCCCCAUCCCCAUCCCCCACCAGACCAGCGGAUGUGUUAAAACUGAUGAUGCUGCAUGAACACACCAUUGUCACCCGGAGUCCGUGGUUUCCAUCAGGCUUCACUCUAGGCGUUGUAUGUUCUAUGGCUUUGAACAAAUACACAGUGAUGUGUAUCCGCCAUCGUAGCGGCAUAUGGAAUAGUGCCACUGCCCUAAAAAUCCUCUGUGCGCCACCUGUUCAUCCCUCCCCCACCUCCCACCAACACCUGAAAGCCACUGAUCUUUCUAUGGUCCCUUUUUCAGACUAUCCUAGAGUUGGAAUUAUACAGUAUGUGGCUUCUUAGACUGACUCCUUUCACUUAGCAACACACACUUAACGGUUCCUCCAUCUCUUCUCAUGGUUUGCUAGCUCAUUUUUUUAGUCACUGAAUAAUAUUCCAUUAUCUGGAUGUAUCACAGUUUAUCAUUCACCUGCUGAAGGGCAUCUUGGUUGCUUCCAAGUUUUGGCAAUUAGGAGUUAAGCUGCUAUAGAUGUCCAUGUGCCAGAGUUUUGUGUGGACAUGUUUUCAGCUCCUUUGGGUAAAUACUAAGGAAUGUGAAUGCUGGAUCAGAUGGUGAGAGGGUGUUUAGUUUUGAAAGAAAUUGCCAAACUACCUUCCAAAGUGGCAGCAGCUUUUCACAUUCC